AUGGAGCACAAACAGUCAGCUAUCUCGGUCUUGCCAGAGGCGAGCAUCGACCCAAACACUGUGCAACAAUCGAUGCAGAAUGUAUCCAUGCCAACCAUCGGCGGCUUCAUCAAGCAGAACCCUGCUGUCGACUACUUGUUGAAAGCCGAUGGCCUUCAACUCUUGCAAGCUUCCUUGGCGGCGCUAUUUGCUUAUCUUUUGAUUUCGUCUCUUACUGUCAAGUCUACUGUUCCUGAUGGCGUCUCAUUUCCAUGGGUUGAUACCAAGUCCAAGAGCUUCUUUGCCAAUUGGCGUGUGGGCAAACUCUAUGCUCUCAAUAGUGUCCGACAGUGGUUGGCGCAGGGCUCCGAAAAGUUCCUUGAAAAGGGGAAAAGCUACGCCCUUCCUGACUUCUAUGGCAGAAGGCCAUACAUCAUUGUCCCCUACCACAGGACCAAGCUUUUCCUUGACCGCCCCGAUGAUGCCACCAGUCUGAGGGAUGCGGCCAAUGACAUCGUCGUAUCUGACUACAGCUUUCCCGAUUCCAAGAUCUUCCGUGACCACUAUGGAGCUCAGAUCAUGUACCGGCAUCUGCCCCGCGCUCUCCCACGUCUCGUUGGUGAGAUUUGGGACGAGGUCACUUACAUCUGCGACAAGGACUGGGGCACCACUCCCGGCGAAGUCAGGGAGAUCAGCACGUACCACAAGUCUUUCGAGAUGAUCGUGUCUCUCGCUAGUCGAAUGCUACUUGGUACCGUGUGUAGUCGCAGCGAAGAUUUCCUAACCAAUGUCAGGGAAUUCUCGCUCGAUGUAUUCAGGUGCAUGGCUCUCGACGCGUUGCUGCCUCGAGGACUGACUGGUAUUCUCGGCCCGUACCUGGUAUCGUUGCCUAACAGAUGGCACGUUAACAGGAUUCACAAACACACCAUGCCCUUAAUCAAGAAGAGAUUAGAAGAUCUUGCCUUCAACGAUGCAAACCCAGACAAGAAGCGUGCGGUCCCUGAUGAUUACAUCUCGUGGCACAUCCGCUUCGCACAGACAGAGAGAAACCCUGCUGCCCUUGAACCCUACUACAUUGCUUCUUCUAUGUUGUCCAUGCAGUUUGCCACAGCAUCUAGCACUCGCUAUGCUCUGACGAACCUCUUCUUGGAUAUCUUCUCCACGAAGCCAGAGGAGGGUGUCGUUGAGUCUCUUCGCGAAGAGAUCGAGCGCGUCUACCGUGAGCAUGACUAUACCUGGUCCAAGCAAGCAUUGGGCAAGCUGUACCGUGUGGACUCCGCCAUUAAAGAAUCUCUCCGCUACUCUGGUCUCAUGGCUCAUGGAUCGUGGCGAAAGGUCGUGGCCAAGGAGGGCAUAUUCGACGACGAGACUGGUACAACUAUCCCAUGCGGUGCAAUGGUAGGUCUUGAUUUCUGGACUCGACACCAUGAUCCCAAGGCAUACCCCGACCCAGACAAGUAUGAUGCGUUCCGGUUCUCUAGACCUAGGGAAGAGUACGUGGCGGAACAUCCCGACGAGAAGGCUACCGAAGAGUACCUCCGCCUAAAACGCCUUGACUGUACCUACACAGGUAGUGACAACUUUUUGAUUUUCGGCCUUGGAAAAUAUGCUUGCCCGGGACGUUUCUUCUUGACGAUGGAGCUCAAGCUUAUUUUGGCAUAUGUUAUCAUGAACUAUGAUGUGGAGCCUAUGGCGAAAAGACCAUCGAACUACUGGGUUGGUGGUCUGAUCUUGCCAUUACGAGACACUAAGAUUAAGGUCCGAAGACGGGAAGGUACUGUUUAG